AACGGACGUGCUACUUGGCUGUCGGGUGUCGAGCGUCGGUUUGGUGUGUGAGGGCAACAUUGGAGCGCUUACUUACAUUAAAAUGCCUAAUUUCAUUUAUUAAACAUGAAGAGAACAUGUCCGUCUGGCAGCCAGAAGCGAAAAAGAAAGCAAGAAGAUGAGGAAAAGCGGACACAGGACAGCAUACAUUAAUGGAUCUUGAGAGAGGAAAUGUCAUUGCUGGCUAUGCAGGCCUCACUGAGCCAUCGGAUUUCAACAAAAAUAUCUUAAUUUGUGUUCCGAAGAUUAAUGAGGGUCUUACGCGUGUGGAACGGCAUGAGGAUGCCACACCAGCUGGUGGCAGAACAGUUCCUGAUUUUGGAAAGAUGUAUCAUGUCAAAGGUGAGCUGAAUUUACCUUAUUCUGGUGAUUCUGGGCUAAAGGAACCAUUUGAAGUUUGGUACGACCUCGAGGGGAACAGAAGUCGCAUCGACUAUCAUAAUAGUACAGUGCGCACUUUUCUGAUUGGAAACGACUUGGAUUAUGGCGUCAUUUACCAGAUCAAACCCAAAAUCCAAGCUAUUAAAUAUUUUCAGCUUAAAGGUACAAAGGAGGAUCCAAUACGUCCACAGUCAGCACUGCCUGAUCUGCAGGGCUUUAAAUUUGAGAAGAUGGAGGAUUGCGCAGGCGUUCAGUGUGAGGUCUGGAAGAAGGUCACACAGGCUGGUCAUAAGAAGAACACAUAUCGUCUGUGGGUCAAACGUCCAGAGGGAAGUGAUUCCCCAGCCGUCCCGUACCACUUUGAGAUGGAGGGCUUCAACACUCUUUUGGAGUCCUAUAAUGACAAAUACAUGAUUGACUACAGUGACUUCAGCUCACAAACUGAAUCGGACAUUUUCACACCCCCUGGAGGAAAGACCUAUGUGGAGUUUCCGGAUCCUCCUGAGGAGCAUCAAAUAUUGGCCAACCCUCUUCAAGACUAUGUCAGCACCUCCCCUGUUAGCCACGCCCACCGAUUGUUCGGCCCCUUUAAGGAGAAGUUUAAGCGUCAUUAUAAAAAUAAGAAGGAGCACGAGGAACGCGAGAACUACUUUUUACAUAAUCUUCGGUUUGUGCAAUCUAGUAACAGAGCUGGUCUUUCAUACAGCCUCCGUAUCAAUCAAUUCUCCGACUGGUCAAAGGAAGAGUGGAAAAAGUACUGUUAAAAUUGAUAUAUAUAGUUGACUACAUAAACUGUGACUUUGAAAAAUUAAGUAAAUAAACGCCUCUCUUAAUUAGAGAAAAAUAGUGUGAAAUUACAUUUGAACAACUAAGUUACUAAAACAAAAUAAAAUUUGAAGUUGCACUAA